CCGACCGUGUUUAUUCAUCGCCAGCCUCUGAGCAAGCAUGACCGAUCUAAAGCCGGCCACGAGUUAUACGAGCACCUCGCUCCACGAAGCAGUCAAGCUCCGCCUAGACGAAGGAGGAGCCUUUUCGCAGAGCAUCAAACCCCAGACGGUACCACAUUUUUUUUCUGAAGUCUGCGAGAAGUAUCCUGAACUGCCAGCCUUGACAUGGGAGACCCCUGGAGCCGGUGUCGACGGCUGGACCACCGUGAACUACCGCGAGUACCAGGAAAACGUGGAACAGGCCGCCCUCAUGUUGCUGAGUGUUGGCCUGAAGGAGCGUAGUUCGGUGGGCAUCCUCGCUUUCAAUUGCCCAGAGUGGUUCUUCGCCGAGCUGGGCACCUUUCGAGCUGGAGCCGUUGUGGCUGGAAUUUAUCCCAGCAACUCGGCAGAGGCAGUGCAUCAUGUGUUGGUCACCAGCGAAUCCAGCGUUGUCGUGGUGGAUGACGCUCAGCAGAUGGCCAAAGUAAGGGCCAUCAAGGAUAGGCUUCCCCUGCUCCAGGCAGUCAUCCAAAUCCACGGACCCUUCGAGGCCUUCGUGGACCAAGAGCCGGGCUACUACAGCUGGCUGAAGCUGCAGGAGAAGACCUACCCCAGCGAGCUCAAGGAGGAGCUGCUGGCCCGGGAGAGCCGAAUCUGCCCCAACGAGUGUGCAAUGCUGAUUUUCACGUCCGGAACCGUGGGACUGCCCAAAGCUGUAAUGCUAUCCCACGACAAUAUUAUCUUCGACACAAAGGCCGCUGCCCAUUUGCUGAAGGAUGUCCAUAUCGGCAAGGAAAGUUUCGUGAGCUACUUGCCCUUGAGCCAUGUGGCUGCCCAGAUCUUCGAUGUUUUCCUGGGAUUGUCGCACGCCGGCUGUGUCACUUUUGCGGAUAAGGAUGCCCUGAAGGGUACCCUGAUCAAAACAUUUAAAAAGGCGAGGCCAACGAAGCUGUUCGGAGUGCCGCGGGUGUUUGAGAAGCUCCAGGAGCGAUUGGUGGCAGCUGAAGCUAAGGCCAAGCCCUAUUCCCGGCUUCUGCUGGCUCAGGCUCGGGCUGCAGUGACCGAGCACCAGAACACAAUAAUGGCGGGAAAAACCCCAUCAAUCUACGGCAACGCUAAAUACUGGCUAGCUUCCCGCGUAAUAAAGCCCAUUCAUCAAAUGAUGGGUCUGGAUAAUUGUCGUGUUUUCCUGACUGGCGGCGCCCCAACCUCCGAUGAGCUGAAGGAGUUCUUCCUGGGCUUGGACAUUGCCCUGGGAGAGUGCUACGGAAUGUCAGAGAGUGGGGGGGCCAUCACUCUAAAUGUGGAUAUAAGCAACAUCUACAGUGCGGGCAGAGCGAUUGAAGGACUGGAUCUAAGGGUCCACGAGCCUGACUGUAAUGGCCAGGGCGAGAUUAUCAUGCGGGGACGUAGUAACUUCAUGGGCUACCUGGGGCUUCCGGAAAAGACUGAAGAGACCAUUACGGAGGAUGGAUGGCUGCGCUCUGGCGACCUGGGCUUCAUUGACUCUAAGGGCAACCUCAUUAUUUCGGGACGACUCAAGGAGCUGAUCAUCACGGCCGGCGGCGAGAACAUUCCUCCCGUGCACAUCGAGGAACUCAUCAAAAAAGAACUGCCCUGCGUGAGCAAUGCUAUUCUGAUCGGAGACCACCGCAAGUACUUGACCGUUCUCCUGGCCCUGAAGACAAAGUCUGAUCCCAAGACAGGGGUGCCCCUGGAUGCCUUGCGAGAGGAGACGAUUGAGUGGCUUCGGGAACUGGAUAUCCACCAGACGCGCCUCUCUGAUCUCCUUUCCAUCCCCGCCGACCUUCAAGUCACCAAUGACUCGGCGGUGCAGACUGCUGCCCUGGAGAUCUCUGCCGAGCCCAAGCUCCUGGAGGCUCUGGAGGAAGGUAUCAAACGGGCCAACAAGAACGCCAUCUCGAAUGCACAGCGAGUGCAGAAGUUUGCCCUUGUUCCCCACGAAUUUUCAGUGGCCACCGGCGAGCUGGGACCUACGCUUAAAAUCCGGCGGAAUAUUGUCCACGCCAAGUAUGCCCAAGUCAUCGAGCGCCUCUACAAGUGAGUGCUCCGGGGUCAACGCAUUCAUUAUAGCCUAGGUUAGAUUUAUUUAAGCUUACAUUGUAAUCAUAUUACAUGUUUAGAAAUUUCAAUACAUUUGUUUGUAAUAGCUUUUAAA